ACGAACCCAGGCUAUGUUCAAGUGUGUUGCAGCCGGUUGCAAGCAGGUGUGUACUGGUUAUGCAGCAUUAAAAGCACACUUCUAUCGUCAUCAUAAUAGCAUGCCAACAGUUGCUCUGGACACAAGUUUAACAAAAUUAAAAUGCACAGUUCCACUUUGUAACUGGCAGUGUGAAGGGAUAAAAGCUUUGGUUGUUCACUUGAAGGAGCAUAUAGUAGAGGGGCGCCAAGUAACUUGCCCUGUGAAAGGGUGCACCUCUGUGUUUCGUGUAAAAUCUUCCUUUACCUCUCACAUCUCCAGGAAACAUAAAAAUUAUUUGGAAAAUGUGAUUUGUGAAACAAGUAAUGAAGAUACUCAGAGUGCUGCAAGUGCUACCACAAAAGAUUCCAGUGUGCCAGAUGCAGAAGACACAGUCAUAGAUGGACCAAAUUUCAGUGACUUGUAUCUUAGGAAUGUAUGUAUGUUUUACAUAAAACUACAGGGACAGCAUCUUCUUCCAUCAUCUACCAUUCAAAACAUUGUAGAAGAGAUGCAGAAUAUACAUGAAUUGGGACAGACAUACUCUUUAAAUAGAUUGAACUUGCUUCUUAAAGAAAUGUCAUUUGCAGAUGAAGACAUUGCAAAAAUCUGUGACACAGUAAAACAGUCGGACUUGUUCUCAGCUUGCCACACAGGGCCAAUGAGAACUGCUUAUUCUAGAGCCCAGUGUUUUAAAGACAUGUUCAAAUAUGGGGAACCCAAAAAAGUGUUGUUGGGCAAAGAUGAGGACAGAAAAGAUAGAUUUGCAUACUAUGUUCCUGUGCUAAAUACGUUAAAAGGUAUGUUAGAUUCCAAAUAUUGGCAGGGCCUAAUGAUGGCUCCUGGCGUUUCAAAAGCUGAUGUUCUCUCUGACUGUGACGAUGGUAAGGUGUUUAUGUCCAACGUAUUUUUUCAAGAAAACCAAAAUUGUCUCAAGCUGGUUCUCUAUCAAGAUGCAUUUGAAGUUGUGAACCCAUUGGGAUCUGCAAAAAAAAAGCACAAGAUCUUGGCUGUUUACUUUUCUCUACUCAAUAUGCCACCCCAUGUCCGAUCAAAUACCGAUCAUAUGCAGUUGGUCUUGUUGUGUAGAGAGAAGGAUUUCAAGGAAUUUGGCCAUUCCAGAGUUUUUUCAGAACUGUUGACUGACUUGAAAAUACUAGAGGAGAAUGGGAUAACUAUGGCAGAUGAAUCAGUUGUGAAAGGAGCACUGUAUUGCAUUGCUGGAGACAACUUGGGCUCUCACUGCAUCGGGGGUUUUACGGAAAAUUUCAGUACAUCUCAGUACUUCUGCAGAUAUUGUCUGAUUACUCGGUCUGAAUUUCAGAGUGAAAAUCCAGCUAUCAUUGGACCAGAGCGGACUCCAGAAACGUAUCAAUCUGCCACUGAACAGCUGGAAAGAGAGGAUGUGACAGAAGUACAGGGGAUUAAGUUCAGGUCAGUGUUUAAUACUUUAGAGAACUUUAAUGUUUGUUCACCAGGCAUGCCCCCUUGUCUUGGCCAUGACAUCUUCGAGGGUGUCCUCUCAUAUGAUGUUGCCCUUUAUCUCAAAUACAUGAUUGUCAAAAAGAAAUGGCUGACAUACACAAUUUUGAACAGGCGCAUCAGACAAUUCAAAUACAAAGCAACAGAUGCUUGUUCCAAACCUUGUGCUGUCACUCCAAAAGCACUGAAACUCAGUGGACAAGCAGUACAAAACUGGAAUUUCUUGAGACUGUUGCCUCUGUUAAUUGGUGAUAAGGUGCAGGAUUCACAAGAUGAUAUAUGGCAGUUAACAUUGCAGCUUAAGGAUAUUGUUGACCUGAUUUGUGCUCAGCAAAUUUCCAAGCCUCAGGUUGCAUAUUUGAAUGUUCUCAUCCAGGAAUAUUUGGAAACCAGGAAGGUAUUGUUUCCAGAUAACGCACUGAGACCUAAACAUCAUUAUUUACAGCACUAUCCAGGGCUGAUUCUGAAAUUUGGUCCACUCAUCAGGCUCUGGACCAUGCGGUUCGAGAGCAAACAUAGUUACUUCAAAAGAUGUGCCAGACAACUGAAGAACUUCAAAAAUCUGUGUUUGACUCUUUCAGAGAGACAUCAAAUGUUACAGGCCUUUCUUUCUGCUGGAACAGUGACUCUCCCAACCUUGCAAAUAAAAGAUGGCUCACCAUUUUAUUUAGAACUUUACAGUGAGGAAGUUAAAGGUGCAGUUCUUCAUUUUGGGUUCACUGAAAACAAUACAAUGACUCCCACAGAUGUGCAGUAUAAUGGAAUAACGUACAAGAAGGGCCAAUUUGUAGUCAGUAGGAAUGAUGAGUCACUGGAGUUUGGUGAACUCAUCCUUACAUUGGUGAAGGAUGAAUCUGCACUUCAUUUUCUGAUGAGAGUGUAUCGUGGAGAAUUUCUUCCACACUACCACAUGUACUUUGUAAAGGAUGAAACAAGAAGAUUAGAAUGCAGACACAUUAGUAAACUGAUUGACAUGUGGCCAUUAUCAUCUUACAUAAAAGAUGGGAAUCGGUUUGUACCAUUAAAGCAUAGUGUUUUGGCAGUGUAAAGGCUUGAUAUUAAUGGUUCAGAGAUCAACCUUUUUUUAGUUUUCUGUAUUUCAACAGAUAUGAUGGAUACACAAAAGGACAUCCGCGAUGCCAUUCGAGCAGUGCUUCCUGGUCUUUCACAGGAAGUUUUGGCUGCUUUAGAGGAUGUGUUGGAGAAACUCGGCACUACAACCACAGAUGAUUUCCAGUAUAUCACCGAAAGAGACUUAUUGCCUGUGCUGAAGCCCAUACAGGCCAGAAGACUGGUUGCUGCAUGGGCCCAAAAUAACUCAAUGGCUUCAACUUCAGGCGGGGCAUCCUCCUCUCCACAGUCUGUUCAGUCCUCUCAAUCUGCAGCCUCACUUUCACAACCAUCGUCUGCUGCUACUUCAUCGCCUUUCCUGAGCUGCUCCCCAGUUUUGCCAACCUGGGUUGACAGUUUUCAGAUACCGUGGCAGAAGCUUCCAGAAGAGCUGAUACAGACUUUGGAACGACAGAAAAGGCCAAGUGCACGACUUCGAAGACAAAUGGUGAGGAUUAUUGUCUCUGAAAUGAUGCUGAUUUGCAAGAAUCCAACCAAACGCAACACUACUGAAAUAGCAGAAAGGAUGGUGAGCAGGUAUCCAAAGUCACUUAAGGAUGUCAUUGAUGGUGACGUUAUUGGACUUGGUUAUCAUUCCUUGGUAAAACAACUCCAGGCAAGAAUUGAAAAUGUCAAACGACAAGACACACCAAAGAUAACUAAACGCAAGGCAGAAUCAGAUAAUGACACUGAUGAGAUACCUGCUGAGCAGAAAGCCAGUGUUCAAGACACAUAUGGCUGUGUCAACUGGGCGCCAAAGUUUUUGCCCCUUUCUGAGACUGUAGAGAGUCAGCUUAAGAAAAAAGAAGACAUGAAAAAGAUGUUCAAAGACAAGAAAUAUGCUGCAGAAGAUGUGAAAGAACUUAUCAAGUCCACCUAUUACACGCAACGAAAGGACAUCAAUAAAGGUACAAGCAUCCUGAAGCUAUGCCAAGAAUGGCCUUUUUUGUUCCAUGAAACUGGCAUGGCAGAACACUUCCAGCAACUUACUGGCAUCAGUCUGAUGGAAGCCUUCUUCACCAAUCUGGACAAAAAGGGGGAGCGCAUCGUCAACUUCCUGAAAACUGUUUUUGCUCAGAAAGAAAAACAAGUUCUGGAGUCUCUCCUCAAGUUAGCAAGUGAAAAAGGUCAGUCCAGUGGUUGUACGGAGAUGAUUCUUCUUCUACUUGCUUUUUUUGGUGAGAAGGAAGAGCAUAUGUUCCACUAUGUUGAGAAGACGAGCCUUGCUGAAGAGGUUGAGAUGGAGGAUGUGCCAGCAACACCCUGCCUUAUUGUGUGUGGUAUGUCUGAACCAAGUUGACAAAGUAGUUGAAUGGUUCACACGGGCUUUUUGUGAUAUAUAUUUGUUCAUGUUUUUUAUUCAAAGGGUCCUCUUGCUACACUGCAGACUGCUUCAUGUUGAGUAUUGAUCAGAAGAUUAUCAAUGACCACAUCACUGCCUUCUCCUGUGCCAUCUGCCUGAUGUUUGGCUGUUACUACUGUUUUAAUAUACACUACCCAGUGGGACUGCGGUCAACACUGGAGUUCCUCCAGAGGUGUUUCUUUUCAAUUAAUCCGGAGAGAGGAACAAAAGUUGAGCAUAGCAAGAGGAGGAAGAUCUUUGCGGUCAACCCAAGAGUCCUCACGCUCAUCGCUGACCUUGCAGACCAUGAGUGGACUUAGACCAUACUUUGUGAGUCAUGUGAUAUGAUGUGUAAUGUUGUUAUGUUGCGGUAUGUUGAAAACUGCAUUUUAUUGGUAUUUAAGGUUUACACUGUAAGAUUUCACAUUUUUCAUCUUCAUGUUAAAUUUUGCAAAUUUAUGUUAGACAUUUUUUUUAUAUAUAUGUAUAUAGCAGAUGACAAUAACACAGAUUUUAUGCUGCACCACUGUCACGGCUUAAUGAAUAUGUGGUGAUUUACAAGUUUCAAGUCAAAAAACCUGACAAACGUGAACAGUUUUAGUUAUCUAUUUCAGAAAGGUUACAGUGGUGCCCAGCACAUUUGUUAGAAAGUUCUUAUUUCUGUGUAUGUGCCAAUUCCAUAUGAUAUGGAUUAUUCAUUUGAAAUACACUGCACCGGGGUUGAAGUGAUAAUGUUGUGUCAUAUCUGUUCAAACUUUUGCACUAAUAUAAGUGCUUGCUGCUUUUUGGAAGAUGUUACAAGUUCUUUGUAAUCAGUGUUCACAGGGUUGUGAGAAGUUUGUACAGCCCAAAAAGUUUUCAUUAAAUGGAAAAAAUACAAUAAAGUUUGGUUUUUGGAUACUUUA